AUGAAUCAGUCUAAUGCUGGUCUUCUUGAUUUACCAAGUGAAAUAUUACUUAUGAUUCUAAAAAAACUGAAUAAUAUUGAUGUUCUUUAUUCAUUGUUGAAUGUUGAUAAUCAACGACUUGAUAUUAUAGUACAAGAAAAUACAUUUACUAAUACUCUCAAUUUUGUAUUAACAACAUUAACUGAUGAUAUUUUCUCGUUUAACGAUUCAAUAAUUAAUCGAUUUUGUACAAAUAUUUUGCCAAAGAUUCAUUAUAAUGUUAAAUACCUUAUUCUUGAUUCACUAUCUAUGGAACGUAUUCUUUGUGUAGCUAAUUAUCCUAAUUUAACUCAACUUAAACUUUAUAAUUUUAGUGAUAAAAUUGUUUCAUCCUAUUUUACAGUUGAAACACCACUUCGGUAUAUUUUUCAAAAACAAAUUACAGAUCUUAUACUUGAAUUCGAAAACGAUUUUAAUGAUAAAUCAAUAAAAAUUUUUACAGUAGAUACAUAUGAAUAUAUUUUGAAAUUCUUCGAAAAUUUAAAACAUUUAUCUAUUAUUGGAUCGUUUCCUCGUUUUUUUCCACCAUUGAUACUUAAUAAUUUACCUUCAACUACAUUCUUCUCUUCAACUAUUAACAAAUUAUCAAUUCAUGUUAUGACUUUUAAUGAUUGUCUUGCUUUACUUGAUGGUCGUUUCAAACAAUUAACGUCCUUGAUUAUUGUUAUUGAUAAUAUGCCAUAUCAUUCAUCGAAUGUUUAUCAUAUCAAUGAUUUACCUAAUUUAAAAUGUUUUUCUUUAACAAUGUAUAAUUGCUUAACUGAUGCAUAUGAUAGUCAAAUUCUACCUCUUUUUCCUCGUAUGUUAAAUCUUGAAGAAUUAACUUUGUGUAUAACUAUUAAAAAUCGAACAACAUUAAUCGAUGGUAAUCAUGUUUCUGAUGAAAUUCUUAUUCAUAUGCUACGACUUCGUACAUUUAAAUUUUGUAUUUCAAUCAAGAUUCGUAGGAAUAAUUUAGUUCAUUAUUUAUCUGAAAAUGAUAUUCAACGAUCUUUUAUUAACAUGAAACAACAUCAACAAGUGGAUUGUAUUAUAAAUUACCGAUAUGGUAUUGCUACAUGUCAUGUCUUUUCAUUACCAUUCGUGUUCGAUUAUCUUAAAUAUGUUGGCAAUACAUUUCCAAGUAUUGUUUUCAAUCAUGUUAUAAGAUUGACGGUGUGUGAUGAAGUUUCAUUUGAACAUGAAUUUUUUCAUCGAAUUGCUUGGUCUUUUCCUUUUCUUAAAUAUUUGUGGGUUAUUAAUUAUCAACCACAAUUAUCAAAAUUAGAAAAAUUGAAUUCGAAUUAUAAACCAUCGUAUUCUAUUGUUAAAUAUCCUUAUCUUAUUUCGCUUCGACUUGAUACUGCUUAUAUUCAUUAUAUAGACCAAUUUCUUAAUGAAACAAAAACACAUUUACCAUCUCUAACCAUAUUAAGAGUCUGUUAUGAAAGUUUUACAAUCGUGACAAGAAACUUCAGAAAAAGUAUAACACGACUUAAUUGCAGCAAAGUGAAAAAAUUAAUUUUUAGUCCAGUAUUAAUCGAUUCACCAAUAACAAAAGCGAAGCGUUCAAAAAAAUUCAAUAUUUAUUUUCCUCUGUUGGAAUCCUGCGUUUGUUCUUUAUAUGAAUAA